AUGAUUCUGCAGAUGAGCACGUGGAGCGAGUAUGGUCUCCACCGGAAAUCCCGAUCUUGUACUCCCGAUUCCGCGUGGUCGUACUCGAGCUCUGACUCAUGCUCAAAAUUUGAAGAUGACGACGUUGUGCCGCCAAAGCCAGUACAAACGGCGUCUUCAACGUCUCCUUCUGCACAAUCUGUCGCUCCCAGUUCCUCGGCUCUCAAUGGCGCCGGCCAAGCGACUCCUUCUCAACAAAAUCCAACCGCUCGCUAUGGCGUGAAUCAACAGGCGAUGCCGCAGAACUACUCCAGCGGAAGACGGACGCCAGUGGAAAGCGGCGUGCAAGCCAACGUCCGGCUACCUUACACAACUUCUACUCCAGGUGACACUAAUGCUCAUCGACCAGGGUACCGAAUAAGACAGUCUCACGCCCACCUCGGAGGUGAUCCCGGCUUCCAGCAGCCACGCCGGAGAUCGCGUGGAAAUAAUUCACAGACGCCGUACACCCAAGAAAACCAAUGUUUCGAUAAGAAUCCUCAUCAUCCCAGAUGA